AUGGAUUCCGGAAAUAAUGUCCUCGGGCCCGAAGUGCUCGAGGCGAUAGCCCAAGGGCUGCUCAACCAGAUGGCACAACUACGAGUGAAUCGCCCAAUUUGCAAAGAAACGAAACAGAAAUGGUUAGAAUACUUCGCUCGGGUCACGGAUGAAGUUCAAUCCCUACAUGAUACCCUGAUCCAGGCCGAGCAGACGGCAGAUGGUCCCACCGAAUGGAUUGAGACAAUCCGGCUGGACGUUGAGAUUCAGGAUAUCCAUUUCAGGUAUCUUGGCAGGCUGGUGAAAGAUGGCCCCAAAGUGGCUUAG